AUGUUGAAAUUAGCUGAUAUCACUGCUUUAUUCAAAUCCAGUGCUAAUUAUCAAAUUAGCCAACUCGAUCCACAACCAGCAAAUUUUAUUGAAUAUGGCUGGGCUUGGAUUCUUCAAAGUUAUGGAGAGUUUGGUUUAUUCUUAAUUUUUUAUACUGCAAUGGCUGUUUUGUAUGCAAUUGGUGGCUUUAUUUUUUAUCUUUUUGAUAAAUAUAAACUUUUCCCAAAAAGAAAAUUACAAGUUACUAAAUAUCCAUCAUCUUCAGAUAUCAAAAAAUGUAUUGAAAAUUUAGUCACCAAUUAUAUUUUAGUUAUCUUACCAUUGGGUGUAUUAUCCUUCCCAAUGACCAAAUAUUUAGGAAUGACUUAUACCCUCCCAUUACCACCAUUUUGGAGAUUUUGUUUAGAUAUUUUCCUUUGCUUACUUGGUGAAGAUUUCUUCCAAUAUUGGAUGCACAGAGGUUUCCACUACCCAUGGUUCUAUAAGAAUGUACAUAAAGAACAUCAUUAUUAUUCAGCACCAUUUGGUUUUACAGCAUCAUAUGCCCAUCCAGUCGAAGUUGUCUUUUUAGGAUUUGCAACCUUUGCCCCUGCUUUAAUGAUCAGACCACAUUUCUUCACUUUUUAUUCUUGGUUCAUUAUUCGUCAAUUAGAUGCAGUUCUUACUCAUAGUGGCUAUGAUUUAGAAUUAUUCCCAUUAAACCACAUGCCAUAUUGGGGUGGUACAUCAUUCCACGAUUAUCAUCAUAAAGAAUUUACCUGUAAUUAUGCCUCAAGAUUUACUUUCUUAGAUAAAAUGUUUGGAACAUAUAAGGAAAAACCAACUUCAAGUGGCGCACCAAAACUUGUAAAAUCAGAAAAAUCAAAAUAA